CGGCCAUCGACUGACUAACUGGACCGACCCUCCACGAUGUCACAGCUCGCCGACUACCGCCUCCUGGGCGAGCUAGGCUGCGGAUCGCUCGGCCGCGUGCUCCUGGUGCGGCUGCAGUCGAGCCGCACCCUCCGCGCGAUGAAGGUCGUCGAGCGCGGCCAAGUGUCAAGCGCCAAGCAGCUCGCGCAGCUCGAGGCGGAGGGGGAGGUGCUCGCGGCAAUCUCUCACCCGUACAUCGUCAAGCUGUACCACACGAUACGUGACGCGGCGUGCAACUACUACGUCCUCGCCUAUGCCGCUGGCGGCGACCUGAUGGCGCUCAUUCUCCGCAACGGCCGCAUCGACGAGCCCGCCUCGCGGGUCGUCGUCGGGUCGCUCGUCCUCGCCCUGCAGCACCUCCACGAGGAGUACUCGGUCGUCUACCGCGACGUCAAGCCGGAGAGUCCUGCUUGCUGACUUCAACACGGCGCGGCGGCUCGACGACGACACGGACGGCAUCACCGCCAUCGGAGCGCGUCGGAGGAGCCCGACCUCGCGGCGGCCGUCGGUCUUCAGCCGACAAAGCACACCGCAAGCUCGCCAGGCCGCGCGACGCAGCUCGAGCUCGAGAUGGACGCGUUUCACCUGGCGGGCCGCUCCGCCGCCUCGAAGCUGCCCGCCAACUUGCCCCUCUCCCCGCACGCGCGGCAGCUCUGCGAGAGGCUGCUUCGGCUCGAGCCGAGCGCGCGGCUGGGCGGCGGCGCGGCAGGCGCCGCCGACAUCCGCUCGCACCCCUUCUUCGGGUGGGGGGG